AUGCCGAUCGAUAAGGGCAGUCGAGUGGCCCAAUUGGGGGUGCUGCUCGAACACCGAAACCGCACAAUUCGACAAGAAGCCGCCUCCGCCUUCGCAAAUUUUCUGCUCAGCGAUGAAAAGACGAGAACAACACUCCUCGAGCACCUCACCAGCGUCUCAUGGGAGGCAAGAGUUUCCACCGCCGAUGCUCUGAUCAAUCUACUGAAAGCGGCUACACCCAGGGAAUCUCAUGAAGAAGAGAAUGAACCGACAAAAAGCCUGCAGAACUUCUCUCUUAUCGAUCUCAUUGAGAAUUAUCGUCCCUUAUUGAGUGCCGCCGCAAGCCAAAUCGACGACAAGAAUCCGCUCCGUUUGAACGCGAAACAGCAACGAACACUGAUUGAUCAACAUUUGGAUUUUGUGCCUAGUACGGGUCAAUCAUCGCAAGAUUUUAUACAAGAUUCCGAUGUUCUCGCAAUGACAAGGUCCGAUUCCCCCAAAUUGUAUGAACAAGGCGCGGAAUUAACUUCGUUAAACGAUAUGUCACAAGUCUCUGUCGAACCAACAGAUGUGGAUCCUGAAAAUGCCGCGUUGGAGAUAUUUGUUAAAGUGCAGUUGUCAAGGUUAGCGAAUGAACAAUGGCAAACGCGGCAUGGAGCGUCUUUAGCGAUAACUCGAAUAUUGAGCUCCUCUUGGACGAGACUACGACCACCAAUACGAGAUUUAUGUGCUCUUCGAUUACUUCAGAUCCUGACCCUCGACCGAUUCAUUGAUUUUGUCUCCGGGAGAACAGCAGUAGCGCCUGUGAGAGAAAGCGCUUCUCAGGCACUUGCUCAUUACAUGUUUCGUGCUGAUAAACGACGUCGUUCUCUUGUUUUGGACCAUCUGAAGACACUCUUAUCGAUGGAAGGAGAAAAGCAAUGGAUCUGUCGACAAAGCGCCCUGCUCGUUAUGAAGUAUCAUUUUGUGAUCGCUCCGUUUGAUGACACUUUCACUUUGUUCUUCAACUAUGUUGCCGCCAAGUUGGAUGAUCCCGUUGACGAUGUCAUUUCAACGGCUGUCACUGCUUUAUCGUCACUUUUUGAGAAUUUGACGGUGCAUGAGGUGCAAAAAACAUUUAUCGAGAAAGUGGUGGUCGCCAUUUGGAAUUUGCUCGCUGUGGAAGCGAAGAAAGAUCAGUUGAGAGCCGGUUUGGACACACUUGCGGUCGACCUGUUAGAGAUCAUUGGACGCUGGCUUGAAGUUGACACAAACGUUUCGCUUACUGUCAAACAGCUUUUCACCAUCGUCUCCUUGUUGGAUGCCGCUUUUGUGUCUCGAACUCAUCUCUGCGUUCGAUUGAUAGCAACAGCCAUUGAACGAGGAGUUCCAGAAUUGCCCAGCUCGGAUAUCUACUUAAUUCUGCAUGAGUUCUAUCGCGUUUUACUCUUCGCUCCACCGACCGAUUCGCUUCCGAUGCUCGAACGGCUCUACUUGACAACUCUACUCAUCGUUGAUAGGUAUCGCGGAUCCUUGGCCCUCGAAAAUUCGUUAGUCGAAUCAAUUGGAUUAUGGAUUAGCUGCUUGAUGAUGGAUCAUAAAAACCCGAAUAUUGAUGUUGUUGCUUGUCACGUAAAAGGCCAAUCGAUCAACAAAGAGGAUCCAUACGAAAGAAUGGGCAGUGAAGAGAUGCGAUUUCUUGACGACCGGGAGAAAGAUUCGCUCUACAUCACGAGGAAAAUCUUGGCGGCCAAAUUUUUGGCGCCGCUGAUUCAAACGCUUUACCACCAAAACACGGAAGUUAACGGCCAACAUUUAUCAACAUCUCUUCAACUUUGCCUAUUGACUUUUGUCCAAUCAACAUCUCUAUACCAAAAUCUCGGAGCUGCAAUCAUCACCCACGAAUGGUCAUUGAUGUAUAAGGUUUCUGUCACGAGCGGCAACAAAUUAGAACCACCAUUAACUCUAAUAUCGGCGCUGGACUACAUUUUGCGACAAGGACAUAAAACUUUUGAUGAAUUGACAAGUACAGUGACGCAGUUGACGACCGAUUGCAAUGAGUUCAUCACGUACUGCUGCGCGAGAGGCGCUGUACGAAACACACUUAAGAUUGAAGAAAACAGCAUAGAGGAUGUGGCUAGAACCGCUUACGAACAAGCCCUGGCUAAUUGCAAGACGGAGAAACAACAGGAAUCAAUCGAAAGUCGAUAUCAGACACUACAAAAUUGGAUCGAGUUUACGAAAAUUGCAAUUAGAACAAACUCCAAUCGAGUCUUUGCGUUUCUCGCCGCCGCUUUGUUCAACUUCGGAUGUAUUGGUGAGAAGUUUACACCACUAGUUCGACCGUUAAUGGAAACUAUGCAGUUGGAAGAAAAUGAAACGGUGGCAGCUGAAGUGUUCAAAGGAGCCGUUCCCCUUCUCAUCAUCUACAGCUGGCAAAGAAAUCCAAAACCAUAUGUUAAGGUUAUCUCAAAGACGAUUGAAUUAUUCUCAUCGUGUCCGCAAAGGAUUCCAAAAGCGCCACCAAAAUCCGAAACCGAGGAAACACAACAAAUUCUCUCCCUUCUGCCACAAAAGAAAACGAGUGUUUCCUCAAAGAAUGCCGAGCUUUUUCUACACAUUUGUUGUACAUUUCCGGCUGAUCAACUUCCCGAGUUCUACGAGUAUUUCGAUCUCGAUGCAGAUGUUGAUGACGAAUGUUUUAUUCAAAAAAUGGAGUUACAUAGAUGUUUGUGGUCUCGAGUCGCUUCGCAACUUUCGGAAAAGUCGACGGUUCGAAUUCUCGCUUUUCUUAGCUCGCAUUGUAUCGAAAAACGACACGCCGCAGCAAAGGCUUUAGCGACAUUUUGCAGCUCUUCGUUGGCGGAUACGUUGAAUAGAGUUUACACAGAGCUAUGCCAAAUGAUUGCGAACCUUGAAGAACCGGAUGCACGUCGUGGCGCAAUGGAGGGCCUUUUGUGCAUUUCGUUAUUGGGGACUUCACUCGUCGGAUGUGUUUCGUUGUUGGCUCCAUUGGUCUUUCCACGUUUAGCCGAUUCAUUACCUGAAGUCCGAGAAGCUGCUUCUCGUACUUUCCGAAAUUUUGUGCCAAUUUUGACGUUGGAAAAAGAACCACUUCCAUCAUUAUCACCGCCGCUCCACAAAUUGGCCAAGGAGAACUCCUGCUUUAUCCACGUGCUCUCCCAGCCAUCAUUUCUACCGACUGUAAAACAAUCCGAAAUUCUGGCACUACGAGAAGACAUCGAGUUGCGGCAUUACCAAUUGGAAGGUAUCACUUGGAUGCGGUUUUUGCGUCGCUUUGGGUUAAACGGAGUGCUCGCCGACGAUAUGGGACUAGGAAAAACUCUACAAACACUCGCAACAAUUGCAUUAUCGAUUUCUCAAGGGGAAAAGAAUCGUCCCUCAUUAAUCGUGUGUCCAAGAACAUUGAUCGAUCAUUGGCUGGGCGAAUGGAAAAGCUGGUUCCCGACACUUGGCAAAGCAAUUCGGGGGGAAUCUUCCUCGCCGGCUCGAAUUGGAAACUCGUUGCUUGUCGUCACCGCAUACGAGGAUUUGAAAGUUAACGCCAAUCUUUCAAGACAGCCUUGGAGCUAUGUGAUAUUAGAUGAAGGUCACAUUUUACGUAACACAAAAACAGCCGUCUGGAGAGCUGUAAAUGAGCUUACUUCACAAAGCAGGUUGAUUCUUUCGGGAACACCCGUUCAAAAUAGCGCUGCCGAUUUGUGGGCACUUUUUGCGUGGUUGAUGCCCGGGUAUUUGGGAGACGAGAAGCAAUUCAGAGUUUCUUUUCUUCGAUCAAUACUCAAAUGCCGUUCACCAAAAGCUACAGAAAAAGAACUACAAGCUGGAUCCGAUGCAUUAAGUCAUUUGCAUCGUCUUGUUCUACCGUUUGUUCUUCGUCGAAUCAAGCAAGAUGUACUACCAGAAUUGCCAGAAAAGAUUGUGCAAGAUUACGAGUGUGAGCUUACCGACGCCCAACGAGAGCUUUACAAGCUUAUUGCUGACAGAUGCACGACAAACAGCGAGAGGUUAGCGGCAAAUCUUGGUUUGACGCCAUUGCACACUCUUCUUUCACUUCGAAAAGUCGUUGAUGAUCCAAGUCUGAUUGCCGACAUUGUACCACGGCUAGAAGUCGGCAAUUCAAUUUGGGAUCUCGUCAGAAAUGGUGGAAGUGGUAAAAUGGCGGCUUUGGGCGAACUACUCACGCAAUGCGGUAUUGGUGUCAACGACGACCGUGGAAAGGAUGAAGACAAUGAAGUUGUCGCUUCGGUGCCUCAAGUGCCACAUCGAGCGCUGAUCUUCUGCCAAUGGGUGACGGCGGUGCGAUUGGUGUCGGACGCGUUGACGAGAGGAAUGAUUACGGAGCAACCCGUCGCGCACAUGAUUCUCGACGGAUCUGUGCCCCCGACCGAACGUCAAUCAGUGGUGGAUCGCUUCAAUUCGGAUCACUCGAUUGAUGUGCUCGUGCUUACUACACAUAUUGGAGGUGUUGGUCUGAACCUGACAGGCGCGGAUGUGGUGAUAUUUUUGGAUCACGAUUGGAAUCCAAUGAAAGAUCUUCAAGCGAUUGACAGAGCGCAUCGACUUGGACAAAAACGACAAGUAAUGGUCUAUCGCCUCAUCACAAAGGGAACAAUCGAACAAAAAGUGCUUUCUUAUCAACAUUUCAAGCGGCAUACUGCACAGUCAUUGAUCGGAUCGGACAACCGAAGUCUUCAAUCAAUGGCCACCGAAGAGUUGAUGGCAUUGUUCACGCUAGGAGAUAUUGAUUCGGAAACGAAAAAGGGUGCCAAAGAGCCGGAUAGAAAGCGAACACGAUUGGAGAAGGCUACCGGUGUCGUUGAUGACUCGAAAUGGGUCUUAUCGGAGUUAUGGGACGAAUCACAAUACGAGGAAACGAGCGAUGCGUCCAACAGCGCGGCGUUUAAGCGAAUCACCUGGUGGUUGAAUUGGGCCAUUUUCUACAUUGUCGCCAUUCUAUGUUUUGGCACAGUCGAGCUCGUCCUCGCAUACUACCACACGCGUUAUGAAGGAUGGACCAUAUACUUGAUAGCGCGAAUCCUUCAACUUCAAAUUCUCGUCAAUGCACUAGCUUUUCGAUUGAAUUCACAUAAAGAUGGUGCGUGCUAUCAGAUGAAACGUGUCGGGAUUACACCAGAGCGCCUCACCGAGAUCGCAACGAAAACAUGCCUUGUGCAAAACCAUAUUCGACCAUCUCACAAAUUUUGUCAAACAUGCAAGCAAGCUGUGCCUUUCCGUUCGGUGCAUUGCCGCUUUUGUGAACUCUGCGUGCUGAGGAACGAUCAUCAUUGUUUUGUCAGCUCGAUGUGCCAUGGAAUCGGUACCUAUCGCUACUUCUUCAUGACAGCUUUCUACGUGAUGGUCACCUGCGCAUGGGCAUUGCUUGAGUACGUGAACUACGCACGGGACAAAACAUAUGACGAUGGAACGUGGUCCACCUUUUUCAACUCGUGCUUCUCGACGCUGGGCGACUUGAUGUUGGGAUCGAUCUUUUUGUUGCCGCAUCUUUUCGGCCCGAGAUAUGUCUUCUAUCUGUGUCUCGCUUUUGUCUUCAACGCGUCGGGAAUUAUUUUCUUCCAUUGUUAUCUGAUGUACCGUGGCGGUCUUGGAUGGAAGGAUUUUGGAAUGAAAUUACCCGGUGAUGGUGGAACUUUGAUCGAGCGAAUUCGUUUUGUGCAUGGGAGCCGCUUCAUGUGGAAUUGGGUCUUUCCGAGAUUUUGGGAAGAUGUUGAAUGGAAUGAGACGUUCAUCCGAAGUGUGAUCACGUAUCCUUUGGAUGGAAUGUCCGAGGUGUCGAUGAACGAAAUGAAGGUGCCAAAUCCAGUCUCUUCCAUCGCCAUCACGGCAAACGGCGAGAAACAGAAAAAGAAGGAAAUU